AAUGCUCGCUUGUCAUCAUCAUCGCCAGUCGCCACAUUCGCCGCCACCUGCUACUCCUCUUCCUCUUCCUCUUCCCUUCCCUUUCCUUCCUCGCCGCCGUCCCAGAAUUCAGAUAGCUCCUCAGCUCAGGGCCGCCUCCUCUCCUCGAGGUCCCCUCCUCGCGCCGCCGCCGUCUAUUUCGUGCUAACCCCGCGCCGCCGCGCGCAGCAGAGGGAGAAGAAGUAGCCAAAAGGAGAAACCGCCCAAUAGGCCAUUAUGCGGCGGUGGUUUUGCUGCGCCCAUGUUGACACGCCGUAUCAAGAAGAAUUCCCGAACAGUCCUGAAAAGGCAAAUGGUAAUGGUUUUACUCAAAUCGGCGAUCAUGGAAAAGCACCUCCCUCCAUUGAAGUACCUGAAUUAUCAUUUGAUGAACUGAAAGAAAAGACUGAUGACUUCGGGUCAACAGCUUUGGUUGGUGAGGGUUCAUAUGGAAGAGUGUAUUAUGCUGUUCUAGAGAACGGGACGCAUGUGGCUGUGAAAAAGCUUGAUACUUCAGCAGACCCUGAGCCUGACGAUGAAUUUAUAGCACAGGUUGCAGUUAUCUCAAGAUUAAAACAUGAACAUUUUGUGGACAUGCUUGGGUACUGUUUGGAAGGAGAUCAGCGCUUAUUGGCCUAUGAAUUUGCCACUAUGGGCUCUCUACAUGAUAUUUUGCAUGGAAGAAAGGGUGUCGCAGGUUCACAGCCUGGCCCAGCACUUGACUGGAUGCAAAGGAUCAAAAUUGUUGUGGAUGCUGCAAAAGGGCUUGAGUAUCUUCAUGAGAAAGUCCAGCCUUCUGUAGUCCAUCGUGACAUACGGUCUAGCAAUGUUCUUUUAUUUGAGGACUACAAAGCUAAAAUUGCAGACUUCAACCUUUCAAAUCAAUCCCCUGAUAUGGCUGCUCGUCUGCAUUCUACCCGUGUCCUUGGAACGUUUGGAUAUCAUGCUCCCGAGUAUGCCAUGACUGGUCAGCUGACGCAAAAGAGUGAUGUGUAUAGCUUUGGGGUUGUUAUUUUGGAGCUCCUAACCGGAAGGAAACCAGUAGAUCACACAAUGCCAAGGGGACAGCAGAGUCUUGUUACCUGGGCAACACCACGGCUUGGCGAAGACAAGGUGAAACAAUGUGUUGAUCCAAGAUUAAAUGGAGACUACCCUCCAAAAGGAGUUGCCAAGCUCGCGGCAGUGGCAGCUCUAUGUGUGCAAUACGAAUCAGAGUUCAGACCCAGCAUGAGCAUUGUAGUCAAAGCACUGUCGCCCCUUCUUAUAAAUAAACCACAACAGCAACCGGCAGCUCCAGACACACCUUCAGAUGGUUGACAACAUGUGCAAUGCGAGGUCCAUGUAAAGGGAUACCUUUUUUUCGUUGGUUGCUCUGGCAUCGCUUGUCCAUGUUUCUUGUGGUCCUCAAGGACUAGCGGUCAACUUGUGUUCUUGUGUCCUUUCCAUCCAUAUGGUUGCUCUGUGUUUUGUGUUCUUCGAGAAGUACUUGAUGCUUCUUUUCACCUUGUAAUUGGGUUUGCUCAUACUUGGAUCUCAGUGGUUAAUGAUGCCUUAAUUCUUUGAGUUUGUGUUCUAGUAGCAUUCAUAGAUUCAAACGCCACUGUUAAUAAUAAAGCUUUAAUUCUUCGAGCC